CAGCGUACGUUUCGAGCUAGACGGACGGACACACGACGACGCGAGAGCCGCAUCAUGGACGUCUUGGCCCGCCUUGCCCAGUCGUUGGGCGGUCAGGCGUCUGGGAACACGACAGAUGGAGUGAGCGAUGGGGGACCCGCCUCGAAAUUGCAAUUGCCACGCAGCCCGCUUGCCAAGAGGCGAAAUCCGGGGCCUACCAACAAGCUCAACGCUGCCGUCGCCUUUCGAGACAAUUGGUUUGCCAUCAGGAACAUGCUUGCGUCGCCGGACCAGGCUGCGCUGCAUCACGGGAUCGCGAGGACAGAUGUAGCGGCGCGACUGCAAGACCUCCAAGACGCCCUCGUCUUUGAAUCAAAUAGGGCUGAUGACGACAACGAGAUCCCGGGUCCCUGCAUGGAAAUGCUGCUCGAAGGCGAUAUUCUUGGACAGCUGGUCCGAUUGUCAGCCAACGACCGUCUGGCUGGAAGUCAGGCAGAGGUCGUCCGGCUCUUCGCUUCGCUCAUCAUUCUCCUCGAAGAGAAGUUCCUGUCAAGGCAGGCGGUCCACAAGCCUCUCGUCAGAUUGAUGCGCAUCUGCGUCGGUGACGAAUUCUACACGCCGGGCGCAUCGCUAGCAGAAGAACCCGAGGAUCCCAACGAGGACGAAGAACGCAAGGCGUGGAGACGGUUCGGCAGAAAUGGCAGCGCCGAGGUGCUGGGCUUCGAGGAGGAUCUCGUCGAUAUGAUGUGCCACGUUGCCAGUCGACUGCGAAACACACCAGAGCUCCUCAUCAUCUUUUUCCGGGAAAGGAAGAGGGACGCAGAAGCACGCAGGGCCUUUGAUGCUGCUGUCUCGGGCUCGUCGGCCGGAAGCACACGGGCGUCUUCCCCGGCGGGCACAUCGACGCCCUCGAGCUCGACGUUCAGGGGACCGACAUCGCCGUUGGCCAUCACCAAAGCUCUUUCUCCGCCAUCGUCUACCACCUCGAGUGAGGGCGGCCGAGGCGGUCAGCUCACGUACGACUUUCCUCUCUUUUCCUACCUCCUCCGCUUCGUCCAUCGUGAAUCUCGCACAGGCGAGCUGGCUCGAGCAGGACUUCUGUUCCUUGUCGAUGUUGCGUUGGCACCCGGACGACGCAACUUGAGUCGAGGAAAGGGACCCCACACCCCAGCUGCCUCUCACAGCAGCCGCUUGCAAGUGAGGGGACGUGGUUCAUACCGUGGACGAGGUGGCAUGGCAGGACGAGGUAGCGGAAGGAUUGAGGUCGAUCUUGGACCGGGCCCAAGUGUAGCCCUGGCGCGAUACAUGCUCGAGUCCGACUUUGCAGAGGUCCUCGGCGCAGGCCUGGGUGCUGUCUACGGUCUCCUGCCAAGCAAGCUAGCCCUAGUCAAGUCAAACGAGACUGGUGACCGAGCAACAGAGGGACGAGGCAUUGGAGGGCAGGUCUUGUCGGCCAGUGGCAGCAUGCUGCUUGGGGCAGAAGAGACGGGAGCAUCGUCUCCGACGGAAGCUCAGCUGCAGAAGCUGGCCCAACAAGGCAUCGAAGCCAGCACAGGCGCAGAAGUCAGGCGCCAGGCGAGACUAGUGGCCGACAUUCUGGAGUUCACCCAAGACAUCCUUCGAACCUCUACUCGCGUCCACCGCCAACAAGGGAAGGGAGCCAGCGAAAAGGACGCGAAGCUCGCCGUAGAGCUUGCCAAUAUUGCAAGGGAUCUGACGAAGAGCAUUGGUUCUGCGCUUCAGACGCUCUUUCUGCGCAACAUUCUCUACCCUUCGCUGCUCGAGUGCAGUGAUGCGGAUGGGAGCGCCGUCGCCGUCAUGUCCUAUCUCGAUGUUAUUCUGAGCGUCAUCGAGGAUGAUAGCCCGCUCGCAGAUUUCGUCAUUGGAUGGCUCGUGGGCAUGGAGGAAGAAGCGAGCAAGGACAAAACAUCAAAGAGUGCUGUGACUGAAGGAGUCAUGAAACCAAAGAGGAAGAGCACUGCGAUGCUACAGAUUGAAAAUGAAGCCCGAGCUGCUGGGCAGGAUCGGGCAACCUACUUCAGCGAUGCCCUCGGCCGUUAUGGACUUCGCGAUGUCGUCAAGGACCAUCUGGCACCCUCAACGAGUGCUGCCUCCAAGACGGCGGCAUUGCGACUUGCCAACACGCUGAGCGCCUUUCACGGACGAUUCGCCCUCUCAUUCUUCUUUGACGUUAUCCCCGAUGAGCUCGCCACUUCCUUCCCGUCCAACAUCAUUGCCGCACGCCUUGUACAGGAUGCCUCGGAUGCCGGAAAAUCCGGUGGUGAUGCCGGCGACGACGAAGAGGAGGGAGAGGAAGACUCGGAGGAGGACUUCUUAUACCCAGGGUCGACAAAGGAAGAGGUUGUACGGCACGAGAAGCUGGCCCAUCUACCUCGUCUCGCUUCGGCCGACAUCAGUGUGGCUCAGCAUGCUGUUGAGAUGGACCUCUAUCUUUCCUUGGUCUCCGCCAUUGGGCACGGAAACGCGUCGCAGGAAGCUGCUUUCUCGAGCACGGGCUUUGAAAACUACCUGAGCGAUGCUGAGGAAGACCUUGUACGGGACAGCAUCUUCAUCGAUGGUUUGAGGGAUCUCGAGCACCUUUCUGCCUCUGCCCCUGUGAAAGAGUCAUUGGAAUCGACUGCAGACAUCCCAAGCCGCCAGUCUCCAUUGCGCUUGGACAAGGCGGACGAGCUAGGCCUCGGCGUUCAAUCGUUCAAACACAAGAUCAAUGCUCAAGAUCAGCUCAUGAGGACACUCUUGGCUACAUUUGCUUGCUUCUUUGAGCAUCCGCCCGAUGUUAAUGUCGCUCUGGCUGGCCUCUUGUCAAGCCUGGCCCUGUGCCCCUUUCGCAGCUUGGAGGGCUUCCUCGUCUUUUCUCCAACUUCCUCAGAGGGUACAACCGAGGUGAUGCAAGAGGCGGCCGAUCUGAUGAAGCCUCGACCGGCAUUUGAUCCGGACGAUGAUCGAUCCGAUGACGAGAUGGAACGCUCAAUGCAUCGACCAACGACCAGCUGGCCCGCUCACAAGUCGGGGGCGAGAAGUGGGGGAGCGCUUAAAGGAUCCAAGACUAAAAGGAAGAAGCAGACCGCGCCAAUCGUCCUUGCGCUGCUUCGGUCCUUGGCAAAGCAGGUCGACAUUCAUCGGAGCGAGAUCCAGGAUUUCGAUCGACUUCUUGAUGAGAGGCGACGGGGGUUGCUGUACGUCGAGAAUCUCAAUGAGGCGCUGAACCUAGCCGGUAUCGAUCCCACGCAGCACGAAGGCGGCGAGAAGGAGAACGGCUUUGACGGGACGCUCAAACCGUCGCUGGUCGUUCCCAGCCACGACAUGUCGGCUGAGCGCCUGUGGGAGUCGAUCGGAAUCGACGAUCCAAUCGUAGAGGAAUUGAGCGGCAAGAAGUCAAAGGCGCAAAGGGCGGGAGCGAGAAUGAGCCUUCCGCCACCACCCUCUGCGACGCCGUCUCAGGGCCUCGACGAUUCUCUGCAAGGAGAUGCCGAUGGGGACGAAGAGGGCAUCUCAGGAAUGAAAGAUGCCAAAGAAGACGCCAAGUCUUCUUCGAAGAAAGAUCGUGCCAGCGGAUUUUCGCGCUUCUUUGGAAGGCCCGCGCGGAAGGUGGAUUCGUCAAGUGCCAACGCCAGCCAGACGUCUGCCGCAAAGGACGGUGAGGCGACGACGCUGGCGCCUGUCAUGCCCUUUGUCGAGCACUACCGGCAGACGCGGUCGAUCCUCGUCGAGCCGCGCGUGGCUCGCAUCUCAAAGAAGUCGCCCUGGAGCUUGCAGCAUCGAAAGAGGGAGACGCCAGUCUUGGCGACGCAAACGGAGGGAAAGAUCAAGAGGACGAGAUUCAGGUCACACGUCGGCUCCGACGAGGACGACGAGCAGGACGCCGAGGACGAGGAGUUUAAAUAUCCAGGCGCGGACGACGACGAUGACGAUUAUGUCGACAACCAGAAGGGGACGUCGGCAGGAGGGCAGAGCCGUAUGGUGACGCUGAGCUCGUUGCUCGACAAUGUCGUCAUUCUCGAGGAGACGAUCAAGGAGCUGACGGCCAUUAUCCAGGUCAGAAGGGCUUGGGGAAUCGACUCGAUCCAGUUUGUGUAGAAAGAUGAAGCAAUUUGAUACCCCCUUAUCAAUCACACGCAGGGAGGCACACCUUUUGUCAUGAAGUAGAGUACAACAUUUAGUUCAAAAGGACUUUCGCAGAGACAAAGAAAGAGAGCGGAGAAAGUUGAAAGGGAAAGAGAAAAGAGAGAUAGGAAGGAUGGGUGAGAAGGGCUACUUAGGUGAUGGGAUACUUGAAGGAAGUUGCAAGCGAGAGCCAAACAGUCGCUGGGCGCAGCGUUCCAAUGUUC